AUGCAAAUUCAUUAAUUGUAUUUGCAUUUAACAAAUGUUGGUUGUAAAAGAAAAACUAGAGCAGAGCUUGGCGCUCCUUAAAAAAUAUGAAUGGUUGUUGGAUGCCUAUGUACUGGACUUUUACCUAGAUGACCAUUGGAAUAAGCUACCUGACGUCUGGCAGCAGCAUUUGGAGAAUAUCCCCAUGGAGUAUCUGAGUGAGCUGCUUCAAAAUGAGGAUCAGGAUCACCAGGUGAAAUGGCCAGUGGAGCUAAUGGUUCUGCAACAGGAGUUGCGGAAACUCUGCAUAAAUCGUGCACCCAAAAACCAACACAAAAACUCCCUUCCAUGCUCACUUCUGAAUCAUCCCAAACUGAAGUACAUGUUCCAGAAACGGGUGAAGCCAAAGAAGCAGCAUGAGAUUACUCGGAUGGCAGAGAUUUGUGCCCUCAGCCAUCGUCAGACACCUGUUGAUUUCAUUGUGGAUUUUGGGGCGGGCGUGGGUCACCUGGCACGCAUUCUGGGCUACGGAUAUGGACUGCAAGUGUGCUGCUUUGAAAUGCAACCUGAUCUCAACCAGAAAGCGACGGAAAUUGAUUUGAAACUAGAGUCGAUGGCAGCGAAGCACCUAUCACAGGCUGAAACCAGUCACUUUCAGCGACCAGUGCAUCUCACACAGCGCUUGGAGAGCAGCACGCAGCCAGCUCAAUUCCUAUCAAGCAUUAGGAAUGCCCUGCAGUUAGAGGAUGACAAGUUUAGCUUCGGAAUCAUCGGCUUACAUCCGUGUGGAAAUCUUGGACCAACAUUAAUGCGUAUGUUUCUUGGCUGCCCACAGGCGAAAUUUCUCAACUUUGUGGGCUGUUGUUACCAAAAGAUGACCACCCAGGACACGCAUUCUAGAGAGCAAGUACACGGCUAUCCACUAAGCAAAUUCCUUAGUGAGCAAGUAGGUAACUAUCUUAGUUACGAGGCCCGUGAGAUCUCCUGCCACGCCAUGGAGGUGUAUCACGAUCGAUUGCUGGCUAAGGAUUACGAACACCUCCGUAUCCACUCAUUUAGGGCAGCUGCCGAGCGAAUAAUUGUCCAGCAGUUCCCAGACCUCAGGCACUGUGCGCUCCGGAAUGUUAAGCACUCACCAGACAUGACGUUCCACCAAUAUUUUCAGAAAGCCGUUCAAGGAACUCGCUUUGAAGCUCUGGACAGCCGGGUACUGAGUAACAAACAGACGGAAACCGACCUGGACAACUGGCAGCGAAUAGUUUCGUUCUACACUCUUCGAUUAAUGAUGGCUCCACUGGUGGAGAGCAUUAUUCUGUAUGAUCGCUGCCUUUUUCUAAUGGAAAAUGACUGCCACGUGCAUAUAGAGGCUAUAUUCGAUCCCCGGCUCUCGCCUAGAAACCACAUCACCAGCGCCGUGAAACCAUAACUCUGUUGG